AUGGGGAGCUACGUGCGGAAUUACGAACGCUCCGUGCCUCGCGCCCCCCAGCCGGGCGUGAGCAAGGCGCUGGAUACCCUCCGACACAGACCGCGGGCGCCCCUCGCGGACGCGGCGCUGAACGCGCCCUCGACCGUUCCCAUGCCACCAACGACAUCACACCUCGAAGCCGCGGUCGAGCUCACCGAGGAGGACCAAGGCACGGAGGAUCCCACCGUCGAGGACCUCGCCGUCCGCGUCGCCGUCCGCGCGCGUCCCCUAGUCGCCAAGGAACGCCUCGAGCGGAAUCGCGAGUGCCUCGCCUACCCGUCCCCAACCACCGUCGUCCUCGGCAAAAACCGGGCGUUCCACUUUGACGAAGUCUUUGGUCCCGAUUCGGAGCAGACGAGGGUGUACGAUAACCUCGUGGCGCCCCUGGUGGACGCGUGCUUCGACGGGUACAACGCGACGGUGCUGGCGUACGGGCAGACGGGCAGCGGUAAGACGUACACGAUGGGCAGCGCCGCCUUGAGCGCCGGCGCCGACGACGAAAUCGGCGUCAUCCCUCGCGUCAUCCAGGACAUCUUCGCCGGGAUUAGAAAGAGACAGGGAGUGAGCGAGUGCACGGUGCGAUGCGCGUUCCUCGAGGUUCACAACGAGGAGGUGCGGGAUUUGCUGCACCCGGACGUCACGACGAAGAAGAUCAGCGUGCGGGAACGCGCGGACGGCGCCAUCGUCGUGAGCGGCAUCCGCGAGUGCGAGGCGCGUACCAGCGGCGAGAUGGUCCGCCUGCUGGAGAAUGGCGCGGUGAGCAGAACCACGGGCGGGACGAAGAUGAACGAGCAGUCCUCGCGGUCGCACGCGAUAUUCACGGUGAUUCUGGAGCAGCGGCACCUGACGCGGGAGGCGCGUCGACGGCACCGCGGGGCGUUCAGCUCGGCGAAGUUUCAUCUCGUGGACCUGGCGGGUUCGGAGAGAAACAAAAGAACGGGCGCGUCGGGGCGAAGGUUUAAGGAGUCCAUCAACAUCAACAGCGGCCUGCUCGCCCUGGGCAACGUGAUCAACGCCAUAGCGGACGACCAGGAGCGGCGGAAGCAGGACCUCGGACCGCGACACCUGCACGUCCCGUACCGCGACUCCAAGCUCACCCGGCUGCUGCAAGAUUCGCUCGGCGGUAACUCCCGCACGUGCAUGAUCGCGUGCAUAUCGCCCGCGGAUGCCAACCUCGAAGAAACGCUCAACACGCUCAAGUACGCGGCGAGGGCGAGAAACAUUCGAAACAAACCGGUGGUGAACCGCGACGUCCAGCAGCUCGCCGCGGUGGUGGACCCGUCGAGUAGUAGCGGCGACGACGCGUUUGCGACGGGAGGGACCCCCUCGGGCGUCGACGACGACGAGGUUCGCGCGUUGAGGCUGGCGGCGGAGGGCGCCGAGCUGGAGCUGGCGGCGGCUCGAUCCGAACUCGCCGCCGUCUCGCUCGCGGCGAACGUCGCCGAGGAGGAGGCCAUCGCCGCCCGCGCGGAGCGCGACGCCGCGACCGUCGCGGUGGAGAGGAUGGAACACGAACUCGUCGGGGCGCUCGUUGUCGCGUCGCGACUCGCCGACGCGGGCCAACUCACCCGCCCGGGCUUGGCCAGGAUCGCCGCGACCGCGCCGGAGAGCGCGCGAGAUGCUGCGGGCGCCGCGGGCGCGAGGAUCCCGCCCGUCACCGCCGCGGAUAAGGCUGCCGCCGCCGUGGCGUUGGCGUCGCCGUCGCUGCGAACGGUCGUAGCGGGCGACGGAGAUGACGGGUGCGAAUCGUCGUCGUUCGUCGUCGUCGGGGGGGAUGUCGCGAACGACGACGGCCCGUUCAUCGCGAACAACCUUCGCGACUCGUCGCAUCCGACGCCCGGGCGAUCCGUGAUCGAGGGGUACCUCCGCGAGUUGCGGGACCUGCGUCAGACGUUGGCGUCGAGGGACGAGGACGUCGCCGAGAAGGACGCCAAGCUGAGCGAAGCUCGCGAGGAUUUGGAACGAGACGAGGCGAUUUUCGCGGAGAAGAUGCGGGAGAUCAAGCAGCUGCGUCGUGCGGUGAAGGACGCCGAGCGGGAACGGGCGGAUCAGGAGGAGCGGCACCAGCGCGAGGUGGCGGCGCUCAUGGCGGCGCACGCGGCGGCGUCCGAGACCUUGACGGGUCUCGCGGGUCCCCUCCCGCCGGCGCCGCCGGUGCUUCCGAAAACGCCGCCGAAAACGCUCUCAGCCGGCAGUCGGUUGCCCCACGCGGACACGCACGAUGGCGCCGACGUUCACGGGCCCUCGUUCGCGGUCCCCCCGGCGGCGGGUUUCCCCGAACCCAACGUCGAGGAGCUGCACGCCAUGAACGAAAAGUUUGCGCGCGAAGACGCCGAGAAGGAGCGCCUACUCCGCGAGAAGGAACAGAUUGAACGAGAGAAGGCCAAGGUUGAGGAGGAAGCCACGCAGCGAGCGAGACAGUACCAGGCUGAGAAGCGCUCGCUGGAGCGUCAGCUGCGAGAACUGGAGUGCAACAUCGUCAGCAAGGAGGAGCUCAUCGCGGACUUGGAGCGGAACGAGCAGGAGGCCAAGUCCCUCACGCAGAGGUACGAGUCCCGCAUGAGGGCUCUCGAGGAGGAGAAGAAGGCGAAGGAGAGCGAAAUCGAGCGGCUCAGGGUGGAGCUCGAGAACAUCGACGGUAACGUGGCCAAGGGCGACGAGGAGAAGCGGCGCAUGCGCGACGAGUACGAGCAGAAAGUGGCGUUGGUGCAGACGCAGCUGCAAAAGCUCAAGUCGGAGCGCACCGCGGGUGAGACGCUGCGACUGGAGAAGGAGGCGACAAAGUCAACCGCGAAGGUGCGCGAGCUCGAGGGCGAGGUGACGCGAAUGAAGGGGCUCCAGGAGCAGCUCAAGCGGCGACUACGGGAGCGCGAGGAUCGCCACGUCAGCGCGCAGGAACAGCAGACGAACGAGAUCGCGGGUUUGAGGAAGCAGUCGGAGUCCCAGAACAAGCGCAUACGCGAGCUGGAAGGGGUCAAGGAGCGGCAGCGCGCGGCGCUCAAGAAAAAGACGGAGGAACUCGCCGCCGCCCAGCGAAAGCUCCACGCGUUGGGCCUCGACGAGGGAUCACAGGGGGUGAUAAACCCCGCACACCACCCGGGCGAUCACUCCCCGCGCUCUCCCGGGCACGCGUCGCCGUUCCAGGGUUCCGACACCCCGACGGGGGGAAGGAUGGGAUCCGCCCGAGGCCGAGCGCACGCGUACUCGGAAAGGGUUCGACUCGGAAAGGGGGGCCCGAGGCUUCGAAACGGGACGACGAAUACGAGCGAGGGACACGCGUCAACGCCAUCGUCGCGGCCCACCUCCGCGGUCGGGUCCACCUCCGCGGACGUCGAAGCGCUGCGCGAGCUGAUCGACGCGGAGACGUCGAGGGCGUUGCGUCGGCGGGAAGGGGAAGAGGAGCUCGCGCGGCUCGAGGCGAAGCGAGCGGCGCUCGCGCGAGAUCGCGACGAGUGCGUCAAGGAGCGCGAUCAGCUCGCGUUGAAGCGCGAGCGCGCCCGCGCGCAGAUGGACGCCGAGCGCGCUGCGCUGACGCGCGUCCUCGACUCGCUCGACGACGCCGUGGACGCCGGGGACAUAUCCCCGGGCAAGGCGGCGGAGCUUCGAGACAGGCGGCACGCCGCGGCGAACAGGCUCGUCACGUUGGAAGCCGCGCUGGAGACGAACCGGGUGUUACCCGUGGACGACGAGCGACUGUUACGCGAGCUGGACGACAGGAUAGACGGCGUGGAGGCGGACCUGGAGUACGUGGCGGAGGCGCAGGCGGAGGCGGCGGCGGAUGGCGGGUCCGUCGCUUCGACGUCGCGAUCCGAGACGACCAAUGGGAACCAAAGCUCGAUGGCACCGCCGACCAAUCUGACGACGACACGUGGCGGCGACGCGGGCCUGACCAAACUGAUCGACAGGAUCGCCGGGAUGGACGGUCGCGAGGCGCGCACCGCGCUGCAGGUGGCGUUGGACAAGGUGGUGGAACUCCGCGUGCAAGAGCGCGCCGGACAGUCGAGGGUGGCGGAGCUCGAGAUUCAGCUUGGCGACGCUCAGAGCGCCAUCGAGGAGAUGGAGUCGGGCCUGCGAAUGAAGGAGAUGGACUACGACAGGAGGGUCACCGAGCUCCAGCGCGAGCACUCGCGGAAGGAGGCCUACCUGAUGCGCCUGACGGAAGCGGCGGCGGCGGCGACGACGACGACGACGACGCAUUCGAAGCAUGUCGAGUCGACGAAUGAGCCGUCUCCCGGCGGCGUCGCGGCGACUCUCUUCCCCGAGCCGCUCACCCCGGACUUUGGCCUCGGCACCCCCGUCGCGCCGGGCUCGCGGUCCCUCUUCGAGCUCAAGGAGCAGCAAAUCGCGGUACUGUCCAACCAGGGCGAGGAACUCAAGGAACAGAACCGGGAUCUCAGACGGCGGGUCAAGGCUCUGCUCGCGGAGCGCGAGGAGAUGGAAGCGGCGGGGGCCGCUUUGGAGCGGCGACUGGAGAGCGCCGGGCGCGCCAACAGGUCGCUCAGUGAGCAGGUGGAGCGACUCUCCGACGCACACCGGAGGGACGGCCGCGCGUUUCGGGCGAGCCCGACGCCUUCCCCCGCCGGUCAGGCGGGCGAUGUGGCGCGAGGUGUCGGCUCGGAUGUCGUUAGUUCGCAUACUACGCCGAGGCUGCCGGAGCGGCCGGGUUUGCCGAGGACGCCCGGGGGUUCGGCGGCCAGGGCGCGGCGAGCGGCGUCGCCGGUGGAGGUGGAGGCGGCGCGGAUGUUUCCGGGUGGGUAUCCGGGCGCCGGGGGUAGCGCGGCGGGUCGGAAAAAGGCGGCUGGGGUGGCGGACAAGAGGUGAGGGGAAAGGACAGAGUUAUUUGUGAAAUGCGAGAGAUCGUGUUGAAACACGAACUCAAAAAA